UGUUUAAAUAAAGUACUUAUAUAUAAUCGCUCUAGUAGGCUGAAUAAUACAACUUUAUCCAAAAAAUUUAACUAUUGUAAUUUCUGAUACAUCAUAAAAAUUUGUAUAGAACGAAAUUAAAAGAAAUUUAAUUAAAAAAUAUACAGUAAAAAAUAAUUAUAAAAAUGGAAACGACAAAUUUUAUGACUCCUAUGAACGUUGUGCAAACAAUUUCAAUGUUCAGUUAUUUAUCAACUCUCAGUGAUUUUUUAUUGGGUAAAAAUUUAUUAAAUGUGACUAAUCAAUUUCAACCGAUUCCAGUGAUAAAUGGUUUGUAUCAUUACUUGAACGACAAUAAUGGUGAAAAUCAAACGAUCAUUAUUGAACAACGAAAAAUACAAUUGGCUCGUAAACUUAUUGAAGGCAGUGAUUUAUAUGGAGCAAAAGAAAAUGAAAUUCCAGAUGCAAUUUUUGUUGAUUCACUAUACAAACAUAUAAUUACCACACUUGUGUUUGAAAAGUAUACAAAUAUUUAUGGAUUUCUCGUAGAAAUUGUUCGUAAUUCCAAGAAUACAGAAAUAAAGACAAUACACGACAAUAUUUUGACGACAUUAACAGAAGAAACAUUUCUUAAUGAAAAUGGAAAAUAUUCCAAAUUAGAGAGAUUGUCAAUUUUUGAAAUUCUCAAAGAUUUUAUACAUCCCUUAUUUCUAAAAGUAACAUCAAAAAAUAUUAAUUUAUUAUCAAUUGAUUAUAUUUAUGCUCAAGCUGGUUUAAUGUUUCAUUUGUCUGGAAUUAAUUUACCGUUAUUAAAAGCAACUGAAUUUAACGAAAAUGAGGAAAUUAAUAGUACAAUUCAAUUUAAUAAAUACAUCAUUCUUGCACAUGCUGUUGAACAAUUAGUAAUCUCUAAAAAAUUGGAUAAAAAAGUUCUGAGAAUUUUUACACUUCCCGCUCUAUUUUAUUACACUUACAAUAAAAAAGAGCUACUAAAAAAUGUAAAUAUAGGAAAUAUAAUGAAUAAUUCAACCACGACAAUUAAAGCCUUCAACAUGUUGUUUACGCACAUAAAUCAAACGUUUGUGAAUUUAGAAAACGCUAAAAAGAAUGAUUACCGAUAUCAAUUUUAUUUGGCAAGGUCAAAUUUUAAAAAUCGUACAACACUGGCUAGGGAAAUCAUUAGAAGCAAUUGUUCCACUGUCAAGAAAGAGGAUUUGGAACACGAGGUGCUUAAAUACGAAAAUAAUCCUGAUAAUUAUCAAUGUAAUACUGCAGCAAUGAAGUGGAAAAAAUUAAAGAAUUUAAAUCGUCUUUAUCAGGAAGAAAUUAAUAAUAUAACUAAGAAAUAUCUUGUCUAUGAAAAGGAAUCCAUUAGGGAAGCUUUUGGUUCGGAUUUUAUUAAAUCCAUAGAUGCUAACAAGGUAAUAAUAUCCAAAGGUUUGUUAACAUAUGUUGUUGACAUCAGAGCAGCACGCGAAUUUCAGUGGGUAAAAGAAUCAGACGAUUUAUUCAGGUUUGAGUUUAUCAAAAAUGAAACAUCAUUGUAUUUUGCUAUUUUGAGGGAGAACAAUGAAAUUAUGGUAAUGCAAGAGAAUGGUGCUACUUCUAAUUGUUCCACAACACCAAAAAAUAAUGUACUCCAUUGUAAUCCUGCAGUUUUUCGUGAAAAAUUAGAAAUGUCAAGACAUCAGGACUUUCGAAAUAAUUAUUUUCCUCAAGUUAAGAAACAAAAAGAUGAGAGCUUUGAGAAAUUUUUAAAUCAGAUUGCAGAGGAAAAAGCGAAUAAAUUUAUGCAGAGCAUCACACGUCUUGGAUAUGAUCAAACGAGAAUGGAAUGGUGGAAAGAUUUUGGAUUAUCCCUUCUUCCAUUUUACACUUGUUAUCAUGGAAUUAAAACUGAAAAUCCAGAAGAGGAAAAUGCAUGUUUAUAUGAUGCAAUAGCACUUUUUCCACUUGUAGGAGAUCUAGAAUUUCUUUUGGAGAAAUUCAUAACAGUUACAACGAGAUCUUUAUUUUCAGCAGCAGGUACUACAUUUGCGUCUUUAACCCUAAGGACAUCCUGGCGAACAACAUUGUCAGAAAUAAGUACAAUCUUAUCAAACGAAGCUAUAAUAUUUUCAGAAUCAUUUACAAAAGAAACAUUCAAGAAUUUAGGAUUAUCAUUAAUUCGUAGCAUAGAUCCUGGAUUUGAACUUAUUUAUGACAUUGGCCAAGAAGGAUUGAGAUCGAUGAGAAAUUUAAUCAAUGAACUUGGGAAAUAUUCUUCUUCCAUCGAAUCUUUAAAUUCAAUGUUACUGAAAUAUGAAGAAACAAUAUCAAAUACAUUUACUAAAGUUAGUAACAAAUUCUCUGAUAAGGAUGUGUACGUAAAUUCUUUGUCCAACAAAAAUUCCGCCUAUGGUUAUAAAUACAUUCAGUUUUCUGAUAACCAAGUUGUUCAGAUUAGGCAAAUUGAAGAAUAUGAAAAUCGGGAAAUGCCGGUUGUACUAUUUCCAGAUAAGAAAAAUCUUUACUGGGUUUCUGAUAUAGAAAAGGGAAAAAUUGGGGAAAAUGUUUUGCAUGUUAAAAACGAGCAUAUUCAAAAUAAAAAUCCUGAAUUUCAAAUACUCAGUUUCCACGACACUAGACUAUGUGGGAGUGUACGUUUAAGAAGAUCUCCAACGACUUGCAUAAGAACUGUUUUGCAGAAGAACAGAGAAGAAGUGGAAAGAGAGGCUAUGGAUUUUGUUCGGAAUCAUGAAGAAUUUUCAAAUGUUGAUGUGGGUGCCCAACUAAAGAAGUUCGUUUUUCCAGGUAAUGGUGAAAAACAACUGGAAUUCGUUAGAGAUUGGAGAGAAUUAAUUAAGGAAGGAAAAAAGAAUGUACCGGAAUGGAGUAAAGAAUACGAAAUAGAUAAUCCAAAUUUAUUCGAACGUCUGAUGUAUUCCGAUAAAAUGGAUGAGAUAGUAAUAUCUGCUGAGGAAGCAAACUCUAGAAUCAAUUCAGUUGUCUCCCAAGACGCUUUAAUGUUUCUCCCUCCAAAUAUUUUAAAAAAUUAUAUAUCAAAGAGGGCUUUUGAAUCCCUCACUUUAGAGGAUUUUGCUGCAAUAACGAAUUUCCAGACUAUUGGAUAUACAAGAAUUCAAAGUAAUACAAUCGAAGCGAAAUCAAUGAGAGCAGCUUUAUACCGAUUGGCCAUUAGACAAAUGGAGAAUUCUGUUGAAGAAUUUUCAUCAAUUCUAUAUAGAGGUGAAAUUAGACCUCAAGAUGUAGUCGACAAAUUAUUUCGUUCAGAUAAUAAGGAACUAAAAUUGACACGAUUUACAUCUGCAUCGACAAGCAAAGAAAUUGCACUUGGAUUUCAAAAAAGUAAUGCAGAUGGAGUUAAUAUUUUGUAUGAAAUUAAAUUCUCUGGACCAUACCCAGGAGCAAAAUUAAACAUGAUGGGUUCAUUUAACCAUGAAAUGGAAACAGUUCUAUUACCGAAUAGUAAAUUUAAUAUAGAUGAAGUAUUACCUCAGAGAAUUAAUAACAAGGAGGUAUUAUUAGUUAAACUAUCUUUUUCUCAUGAUAUACCAAAACACACGCAGUAUAAAAUUAUCAUGAACGAGUUAAAAGAAUUAAACAAAAGAGAUGCAACUUUCAUGGAAAAAAUAUGGUCUUCUUUUUGUUGCUCCUCACAAAUAUUUUUAAACAUUGUGACGUAAAAUUUACAAUUUUACAAAUCACAAAGGUUUAUUUAUUUUUCAAUAUAUUAAAUAACUUUGUUUAUUAUUCCCGAAAAAGAUAUUUCAAUAUCAAAAAUUUACUAGACGAAAUCACAUUAUAGAUUCGAAAAAUGGAAAAAUCUUAUUUAAUAAUAAUUUAAUAUUAAGAAUUAAUGUCUGUAAUUCCUUUUUAUUUAUGUACUUUCGAGACAAUAUUGAAUAUUUUGUAUUGGUCAAUCUAACUUCAAUUUUGAUGUCAUCAAUAAUUGGAUAUUUUUGAAGUUUAUUAUCGAUUAUUUGGAUAUAUUUUUAUUAUUAAAAUUUGGAUUCUUGAAUAUUCACUUUCAAUGUACCCAUUAAUUGGAUAAUUAAGAGAUGCCAAGUAUUUUCACGUUCUAUGCAAAUAUCACCAUGAGAAUAUCAUUGACUUCGUUUCCUGGCGAAACACUCAAAAUUAUUAUGAUUUUUGGAAGGCUUCUUUAUAUUUUUAAAUUACUAUUUAAAACUUCUAUUGCUGCGGGUAGCCAAAGCCCAUAUGAAAUAUUUGAUGUUUUGGAUUUAUGUCAAUUUGAAGUUUGAAGAUUUUUAUUUGAAUGUGGCAUUAUCUUUGUAAAUUUCAAUAUUAAUUCCGAAUUCAUUAAUAUUUAUAUUGGAGAAGAAUUAAGGAGUUACCAUCUUGCGUCGGAUUAACGUAUUAAAAUCGUUAAUCAAGAAGAAGUAUUAUUAUUAUUCAAGAAAACAAUUUUUGUCAACAACAUUUAUUAUGGAAUUUAAAUUUCGCACUUAAUCAGUUUGGACCAAUCAGCGUCAAGAUUUAGAUGAAAAGCUUUUUACCGACCGUCGAACUUUCUUUUUUGUUCCGAUCUUUUUAUUUUUUUUUAGAUAUUCAUUUUUUUUGGUUGGUAACGAAAAUCUUCUAGGAGAAAACAAACAACGUCUUUUUUAUCAUUCUUUAAUGUGAUUUCGUAUAAGCUAGACGCAAUAUUGUAUUAUUUCGUCACUUUUAUUUUGGGAAUCUCAAUUAAUAUAAAAUACGUUUUAAUCAUUUAUCAUAAAGGAAAAAAAUAUAAAGGAAACAUCAAAAAUAAAAAAUAUAUUUAUAAAUCAAAAAAAAAGAGGAAUUGUUUGAAUUUAUCAUUGGAGAGAUUCGUUGCCGUCAGCCAUUUUGAACACAUUGAUUUUUUGGAAUUCUCUGAUAGAAUUUUAUUUUCCAUUUAUGAAUGAU